AUGACUUUAGUGGCAAGAGUCAUUCCUCCUACGCCUCCCCAGUCCACAGACGGACAUCCUUUGCCUGAAGAGCCCUACCAAGGCCCUGGAGCGUACCGAGCUGUGUGCAUCGACAUGCAGAGGCCUCGUGGGGAAAUCAACAGUGGCCAGGACCAAGAAAUGCGCUACGGUUCUCCUCCGUUCUAUACCACCCCUAGUUUUCCUCGCAACAUGCCUCCUCAAUCGAUUAUGAUGUCUGGUGCCCAGGUCACCACGCCUCCUCCCGCAUCUGAUGAAGAUAUCGUUCCAAUGGGAUCACCUACUGUGAUGACCCCUUCGUCAUCUUGGUCACAGGCCGGGUCCCCGAGCACUCGUCCCAAAAGGGCAGCCAGACGGCGUCGCCAGCGUGCCCGGAGAGAACUCUCCGAUUCAGGUAUCAGGCUCGAUGGGCCAAUCAGUCAACUCACUGAAUCUUUUCACUCUACUCCUAUCAAAGACAUGGACGCCUGGGUGGCUCGGUCUGCUGUUGAGCGACAGAACGAGGUGCGCAAGAAGAACGGGAAGAUCUCUCGACCCAUGAAUUCCUUCAUGCUUUAUCGGUCUGCAUACGCAGAGCGCACCAAAAGACUAGUGGGUGCGAACAACCACCAAAUCGUCUCAAAGAUCGCGGGCCAGGGCUGGAGGCUAGAACCCGUUGAGGUUCGCCGAAAAUAUGAAGACCUGGCGAAGCAAGAACGUGACAACCAUGCUGCAACACACCCAGAGUACAAGUUCUCGCCCAACAAAGCCACAACCACUACCAGCCGACGCGGCAACGGCUCUCCUACCCUCACGUCAGGACAUGCCGCCGAUGAAGGGGGUUUCUCUGACAUGGAUAGUGAUCUUGGAUCCACUACGUAUCACGGGUCUUCCUACGUCCACUCCCGAUCCCAAAGCUUCGAAGAGGCCUACUACGACAGUAGCCGGGAUUCUUCGCCAUUUGGGCCUGACUCCAUGAUGACACCCGGAUAUGUCCACCCCUCCUGGCAAAACACAAGCCACCCGAGUGGCCUCCCAGUGGUGCAGCCCAGCUCUCUCCAGGGUCCCGAGACCUACGGAGACAUGCAUUACCGCCCCAUCAGCCCAAACCAGCAGGAUAUGGGAUAUGGCUCUUCCCUCGCUGGGCUCCCUGGUGGUGCUCACCACGAUUUGCUCCAGCCUCAGCUUGCCCACCCGUCGCAAGAUCUGCCCAUGCACGACAUGGAUCCCCGGCUCCUUAGCAACGGCGGCGAGUCUUCCGGAGUCGCCACCAUGGGCGUUCCUUCCUAUUCCGCCACUCCUGGUGCAUGUUCUACCUGGGUUGACGAGACUCAACCCGGCUUCUACGCAGCCUCGUCGGCGCCGUCCAUGUCUCCCGGCACGGUUUCAUACGCUCAUCCUAGCAUGGCCUCUGCCUACCUCCCCAGCAUGCAGAGCCUCGAGAACCGGGAUCCAUCAUGGGAUAUGCCUCGCCAUGAAAGCAUGGCUGAUCCUACCGGCGCUGAGUUCGACUUGUGGUGCUCCGCUGAGCCCCACUCCAACAACUACUAA